CAUUUGAAGAUAUCAGUGAUUUUGCUUCUACAGUUGAAGCUGCCCAAUCUCAAAACUCCAUGACCUGCGACCCUCGUGACCCCGACCCAGGCGACUCAAAACCCUUGCUCGCAAACGAAGCUUUAGUAAAAUCCCUUGUUGCAUCACGAUUGCUCAGGCACCUGCGGCGCUUACGAUAAUGUCAGCAGCGUGAACGUUGAAUAAGGAGAACACGCACUACCCAGACAUCCGCACGGGGACCCCCCGGUUAUCCCCCAGUUACUUUGCUGCACCGGAGUAGAGCCAACUCGGGUUCGAGCAGAGCCUAGAAGGUGACUUCGUCGCAGACCUUCUCAACGCCUGCGGCCCGGGAUUGAGGAGCCCGGCGGUGCGGCAUGGGAAACGCGUCAAGUGGGGGCUCGGGCUGGUCGCGUGACCCCACCGCGGCCGGCGGCGACCCGUCUAGGCCCGAGUACUGGAGAGCGCAAGGCGACGCGCAUGCACAGGCGCGCAACGCCGCCUUUGCGGCCAGCAAGGAGGCGUACCGGCGGGGUGACCACGCCCGGGCGGGGCAACUGUCGCGCGAGGGCAAGCAGCACGCGGCACAGUGUGACGAGGCGAACGCGCGAGCGGCGGCGCUAGCGUUGGCACAGCACAACACCGGCCGGAGUCUCGGGGAGCUUGACCUACACGGUCUGAGGGUCAAGGAGGCGAUAGCAGAGGUGGAGAAGGCGAUAGCGGCGGCGCGUGCCUCCAACCCGCCGCAGCAGCGCCUGGUGCUGAUUGUGGGCAAGGGCCUGCACAGCGCGGACGGCGUGCCGAAGCUGAAGCCCGCGAUAGAGGGGCUGGUGCGUCGCCACAACCUGCGUGUGACACCGGGGGUUCCAAACGCGGGGUGUAUUCUGGUGGAGUUUGUCAAACCGAGCGAGCGGGGCUGGGCUGGAGACGUGCUGGCGUGGAUGACGCGGGGCUGCGUGAUCUGCUGAGCUUUCGUGGCAUUUACUUGUACCGCUGAGAAGGAGGUGGACACUGUCUGCAGGAUAUGCAUGUGGGGGCUACCAAAAUAGAUGCAGCGCACUGAGGAAACGGCGCGUGCGUGCGUGAUUGCUGUGGUGUGCGCGCGUACAUCUGUAGUGCACCCCAACUGUCGGCCCAGGGAGUUCCAAAAGUAAUGCAUGAUGAUACUGGCGAAAAAGAAUUUAAGAAUGCGGAUGUUACAGAGGGGACAGUCCCCUCUGAAAAGAAUUUAAGGUCUAUGAAUGCUGGAAUGGGCAGGAUGGUUCGGGGUGGAUCCGUGAGGGGUCCGAGCGGACGGGUUCGUGGCGUGUCAUGGCGGCCGCGAGCUCUAGGAGCCUGAGUC